UCUUGUUCUCACGGCAUACGCACAGGAGUGGCACUUACACCCGGAACGUUAGGGAGGUUGAGUAGAACAGGAGAGGGGGCGUUAUUAUCAGCUAAAAGGCGAGUCACUUUUGAGCCAGUUUUCAGAGUUUUCUCCCCCAGUGCUAGAAACCCUUCCGUCUUCCCCAUGGCGUACGCCGCAUAUUGGAUGAUGCUCAAAGGUGAGGGAUCGCUCCCAGGAGCUGAUCGUCAGACUACAAGUCACACCUCACACAAAACAGCCUCUGGUUCUCAGUCUCAGACCAAACCGGCCACCGCGAUCCCAGCAGCACAGGUUGCUCUGAAGCCUGCGCAGUAUGAGAAUGCCCCUGCCUCCACCCCCAAGCCUACGGGCACCCAGGCGGGCGCGAAGGCAGCGGGCGGCGCGACCGUAACGACCCCCGCCUCGGGAGGAGCCAGUGCAGCAUGGGGCACUACCACGCACAAAGGCUCGCCCAAAUCGUCAACAGAGGCUGGCGUUCACACAAAGUUCAUGUCUCCCAGUCCGUACGUGCCCCCCUCCCCGAAAGGCUCCCCAAAAGAUGUCCCCAAGACCAGCACUCCCGCCAAAGUAGCCCCCAGCCCCACAGCCACCACAAAGACCAAGACGACCCCGGCUCAGGAGACUCUCAAGAGUACACCCAUCACUUCGAGCACGUCCCAGUCGGCUAAGGCAGAUGCCUCUGCAGCAGCCAAGCCUGCUGCCAAGGGUGGCGUGUCUGCGGACACUAAGGGGGCCAAGCCAUCAGACACUAAGGUACAGAGGGAGGUAGGCCCUCCGAAAUCCCACGCCAGUGCUCCGGCUGUUGAUCCCUUAGAUGCCCUGGCUGGCAUGUUGCCCUCAGAGUCUUUGGGGCCCACAGCUCCCGUAUACACAGGGCCAGAAGUCACAGAGUCUGGAAUAACCUCAGAGAAGGGUGUGUUAUGUGGGGAGAGAGAUGACACACUUCCACCUGGCUACAGAAAGGAGGACCUGGAGAAGAAGGCCCCAGCUGCCAAACCAGACGUGAAGCCCAAGGAGGUGGUGAAACCUCUGAGCACAGAUGAGGCGUUGGAGUCACUGUCUUCAGGCUUCAUGCACUCUGCACCCCCAGCCCCACAGAAGAAGGAGACAAAAGUCGAGGACUUAGCAGCCAUCGAUGCCUUGUCAAGCGGCUUCUCAAACUUUGCACCACCACCCCCUGCUUCCACCAAGUCCCCUGCACCGCCUGCAGAUAAGAAGGCUAAAAUGGAGCAGGCUGGUGGUGAUUUCUCCCUGAUGGGAGCACUGAGCUCUCCACCUCCUGCUGCCAAACCAAAGACUGAUGAGGGCGGUUCCAUGUCUCUGGAUGCCCUGGGCGCUCUAGGGGACACUCUGGCUGCAGACGAACCCCUACCAGAGCCCCCCAAACUCAGACCCGAGGACAUCGUCUCGGAGAACAAGCUGAAGUCUGAGAAGGGUGUGAGAGUAGGUGAGAGGGAAGACUCUCUCCCCCCUGAGUAUCGCUUUAAAGAGGAGGACCUCAAAAAAUACCCAGCCCCUAAACCCGAGCCCUCCAUGGACCCGACUGCAGCUCUGGACAUCCUGUCUGGUGACUUCACUUCCUCCAGUGCUGCCCCUGCUGCCCACUUUGAGCCCCCAAAACUGAUCGCAUGUGACUUUGGACGGGUCGCGCCCCCACAACAGGCUAAAGUAGACGACUUCUCUUUGGAUGCCCUGGCAGCAGACUUUGUGGCUCCUGCUGUUGCCCCUGCCAAGAUCUCUGCUCCAGCUCCUCCUCCUCCUGUGGCCAAGGCUCCAGCAGUGCCCGCCCCUGAUGAGGGUGGCUUCAUGUCCCUGGAUGCCCUCAGCGCUCUGGGAGACACGCUGGCUGCAGACGAGCCCCUACCAGAGCCCCCCAAACUCAGACCCGAGGACAUCGUCUCGGAGAACAAGCUGAAGUCUGAGAAGGGUGUGAGAGUAGGUGAGAGGGAAGACUCCCUCCCCCCUGAGUAUCGCUUUAAAGAGGAGGACCUCAAAAAAUACCCAGCCCCUAAACCCGAGCCCUCCAUGGACCCGACUGCAGCUCUGGACAUCCUGUCUGGUGACUUCACUUCCUCCAGUGCUGCCCCUGCUGUCCACGCCCCCGUCAUCACCCCCUCUGCACCCCCAGCAGCGACCGCCAGUGACUUUGCACUGGACGCUCUGGCCGGGGACUUCGUCGCUCCUGCUGUAGCACCCGCAGCCGUUCAGUCCUCAGUGUGUUCAGCAGCUGAAAGACAGUUGUCAUCGGGGACGUGUGAUGCUCUUGAUGCUCUCUCAGACACACUGAUGGAUACAACCCCAGUUCCCCAGCCCGCCCCUGUGCCCGUCAAAGACGUCAUCAAGGAGAAGACAAUUGAGGAGGAGAGACUCAUCAAGAUGGGAGAGAGAGAUGACAGCCUGCCCCCUGAGUUCAGGCCAAGCGAGGAGGACCUGAAGGCACUACCGAAAGUACAGCCUGACGUCAGGCCCAAACAGAAGUCUAUGGAUGACUCCACGGCUCUUGACCUCCUGUCCAGUGAUUUCUCCACCUGUCCUGUUGCACCUGCACCUCCUGCUGCUGCUGCUGGCCCUGUGUUCACAGUCCCUGUGGAGGCUCCUGCUGCGCCAGCUCCAGCUCCAGUGCUAGAUGCUCUGGCAGACUCCCUGAUCCCCCAGGCGGUCGCAGAGGUCAAACCCAAAGAACAGAAGCCAAAGGUCAGCCAGGAGGUCACACACACCACAUCUGAGUCAAAGAGUGGGAAAUCAAAGUCCAAAUCAAAGAAACCCGCAACAGAAGACUCGUCGGCUCUAGAUAUGUUAUCUGGCCAGCUGACCUCUGAUGUAGUGCCCACAAACAAGGGAGGCAAGAGCUAGAGAGACAAGGAUACCAGUGCACCGCCCCCCCCCCCCCCCCCCCUGCCAUGAUAAGUCGCAUAUUAAGCCAACUGAGCUGCUCAGAAUCAUCAGCGUUUUUCAAACAGGAUUCACUGACACAAGAUGAAACCCAUGUACACACACACACGCACACACACACACACACACACACACACGGGCAGUCAGUAUGAAAUAGAAAGAGGAACACCACAUCCACACCCCCACACCCAACAUGAAACAUAUUACGUGAAAGCCACCAACUUACUUGCCCACCUACACACACAAGCACACCUGCCAUUACUUGUUCAAACACUGCGAGAGCUACGCCUUUUCCUGCAUGGUUUCACCUCUUACCAGAAAAACUCACACAUCACAUCGCAGUUCCUCUCAUCAUGCACGGCCGGUGAUUGACAGGCUGUCUCUCCAAUCAUGUGGAAGCCAUGCCUGGACAGUGCAGCACCACAAGGGGGUCUCACAGCCAAUCAGCUUGGAGAUUGGGAGUCAUGUCGGGGAGUUUGCUGCAGCGCUGGGAUAUCUAGUCUAUGGAUGUUAAAAACAGGUGAUAGAUAAGUAGGAUGUGUGUGUGUGUGUGUGUGUGUGUGUGUGAGUUUGUAUGGAGCGAGGCGUUGUGCAUAUGGUUAUAGGAAUGUUGUGUGGUGUGUGUGUGUGUGUGUGUGUGUGUGUGUGUGUGUGCGUAUGUACAUGAUUGUGUGUUUGAGGAGGGUGUCAGCAGGCUGGUGCACAUUCAAAAGUGUUCUAUAUGAGUAUGUGAAUCAGCCGAGCACCUGGAGACACUAGUGUACAGCACUGUGUAGUUUAGUUCAUGUAGUUUACAGCAUUUUAAAAUCUGUAAAAAGAUUUACAAAACAAACUGUUUCUCUUUAUCUCAACUCAUCUGAUGGCUUUGAUAGUUUAUGUAAAAAAAAAAAAAAGAUAUCUCAAUAUAUUUGUUAUUAAGGAAGGGAUUUAGAUUUUUUGUUUUCUUUUUUUUCUCAUUUAAAGUGCACUUAAAAUCCAACCCAGAAUAGUUGCAGCCUGUAAAGGAGGAAUGCUUCAAGUAUACUGUAAAAAAAUGGCCUCCAGUGAUGGUGUGACUAUGCACAUUGGUUGAGUGUACAGUAUCAAGUCCUCUGGUGUUUUGAUGUGCCAAAAAUAAUGGUUUAAUCUCAUUGCAGCUUUAAACCUUGCAUUUAGUCUCACAGGCUCCACAAUCUUAGAUGCCAUCCUAAUGCUUGGAGAGGAGGUUCCAGGAUGAGGCUCUUGUAAUAAUGUUUACAUCCUUUUAGUUAUGUCAAGGGGAUUGUGGGAAGUUGAGGGUUUUUGUCUGAGGUUAACCUCCUCUCUUGUGCUGAUGUCAAAAAGGUCAACAUAACAACCAAAGUUGAAUCUUCCCCUUAGUGAACUUUCAUCUCCACACACUUUAAUAUAAAAAGCUGGAUGAUUGACAUUUUUGUGCUAUAGGAUUGUUUACUUAUAUCUUCUUUCUGGGCUAUACUGUACACAAAUCUAUGCAAAGGACUGUGUCCAGUCAGUCAGUAUGUGCCAUUGGAGCGUCACCAUAUUUGAUUGGUUGAUCGCACUGUGGCCAAGCUGGUGAGAUAGUUGCAGUCUUCUCUCUUCAAUGUGCCUCUGUAUUGAAGUGCAGUGAUUUAAAUUCUAACUAAGAGCCAUUUUUUGGAAAUGGGAUUUUUUUUUCUGCUAUGAAAAUAAAAAAUGAAUAAAGUAUGUAUCAAGUCUG